AUGAAACAGUCUAUGAUUGAUGUAAUAAUUCCUAAAAACAACACUGAAAAAUUAUCUGUUGCAUAUCGUAUGCUUGCAAUUUCAGCUGAUGGAUCUAUUCAUUUUUUAAAAGAAAACAAUGUUAUUUGGGAGAGAGAAGAAUCUCUUGCACACACCAUACAAGUUGAAUUUAUUGAUUUGCCUGAAAGAAAACUAUGGACACAAGAAACUGAUGAACUUGCUGAACAACCGGAAGAAACUGAAUCUUUUAAUCCAUUGACCCGCUAUUUUAAAAGAUUAUUUAAGCAUAUAGAACAACUUAAAGACUUACCAGCUUAUUUGACUACAUAUGUACAAAGAUUUGUUACUGGUGACUAUUCUGUAGAACCUAUUUCUAAAGACGAUAAAGGAAAACCUAUUCUUUACAGGGACACAUUUGGUUUUCGUAAAUUGCUUAUUUUCCUAACAAAAAAUAAAUUAGUAGCUUUAGACACUGGAAAUAAGGGCCAGAUUGUUUGGUCGCGUUAUUUUGGCAAGGAAAUACGCUCAUUUGAAAAAUUAAUAGUUGUUCGUUCAUCAACAGUUAAAUAUCCACCAGUUAUUGUUGCCAUUGGACACCAGAUUAAAGAGGAAAGUUACCACAUUAAAUUUAUCAGACUAAAUGCUCUUACUGGGGAAGAUUUUAUAUCUAACGAACAUGUAGAAAAUUAUCCUCCUAUUUACUCAAUAUCAGGCAUUUCUCGUCGUAUAUUUAAACUACCAGUUGAAGAACCUGAUGAGAGGAUGCAUAUUAUUGCAGUAAUUGAUGAUGAUUCAAAACUUCAUUUAUAUCCAAAUCAUAAAAACUCUAGGAAAGCAUUUAAAAAUUUCACUCCUUCAUUUUAUUUUACAUUAUCUGAGAAUACUAUUCACUCAGAAGGAUUAAAAGGUUACAGUGUUAAUGCCAACAUUAGUGAUGAGCUUCAACAUUUUGACAUAUCCGAAGUUUGGAAUAUCCAUUUUCCAGAUGAUGAAAAGAUUUCUGCAAUUGGUCAUAGACCUCAAUAUGAAAAAGUUGCAUCACUUGGCCGUGUUCUUGGUGAUCGAUCAGUUCUAUACAAAUAUCUAAAUCCACAUUUGGUUGCAGUCGCCACAUUAUCAUCAUCAGAAUCCUCAACUGCAACAUUAAAUAUAUAUUUGAUAGAUAUAGUUAAGGGAUCGAUAUUGUAUCAAUAUAAACAUGAAAAUGUUGGGAAAAUACAUCCAAUAAAUAUUGUUCAAGUAGAAAAUACUGUUUUAUAUGUAUUUUGGAGUGAAAAUGAAUCAACAAAAGGUUAUCAAGUAGUUGUUUAUGAUUUUUAUGAAAGUGAAAAAAAAGAUGAAAGAAUAAAUAGUCCUGUUUUUUCAUCAUUUUCGCAUGAACGUCCUUAUGUAAAUGCACAAGCAUUUAUGUUGCCAUAUGGUGUUAAAACUAUCGGUGUUACUACUACGAAGAAUGGAAUAGCGAUAAGAGAAUUUCUAUUUGCAUUGGAUACUGAUCAAAUACUUGGUUUAUCUAAGAGAAUAUUGGAUCCUAGAAGACCUCUGCAUGCUUUAACUAGUGAGGAUAAAGAAGAAAUGCUUAUCCCAUAUGACCCUGCAAUCCCAGAUAAUAAAAAAUUUAUACUAAGCUAUUAUUUAAGUGUUGCUGGUGUUAAACGGAUUAUAACAUCACCAGCUUUACUAGAGUCGACAUCACUUGUGCUUGCGUAUGGUUUGGAUUUGUGGUUCACAAGAGAAGCACCAUCAAAAACAUUUGAUGUACUAAGUGAAGAUUUCAAUUACAAUGAUUCGUUGAAAUAUUUUUAUAAUAGCAGUACCAGUCAUCAACCAUUAUCCACAAUUCAAAAAUCAAUGCUUGCCAUAAAAUCUGCAUUAACAGCUUUCUCAGAUCCUACAAGACAAGAUAUGAUUGCAAUAUUAGGUGAGACAACCAGUUCAAUAUUCUUAAGUCAACUCCGAGAUAAGAUGUUGCAUGAUACAACAGGACGUCGUAUAUUACGUAGCAGACCUACAGUAAACACAAAUGUUAUUGAUUUAAAUUAUUUGAGAAGCUUGCCUGAUGGAAGUUUUGGUAGAGAAUAUUUAAAUUUUCUAGAAAAAGAAAAUGUCACUCCAGAUUCUAGAGCCAAGGUAAAAUAUAUUGAAGAUGAUGAGUUAGCAUAUGUUAUGCAAAGAUAUAGAGAAUCUCAUGAUUUUUAUCAUACUCUAACAAAUUUACCUACAAGCGUUGAGGGUGAAUUGGCAUUAAAAUGGUUUGAACUUGCACAAACUAAUUUGCCAAUGACUUUACUAAGUUCAUUGGUUGGUCCAAUGAGAUUGAAUUCAACCGAGAGAAACAAUCUAUACAAUAAAUAUGUACCUUGGGCAAUACAAUGUGGCAGUCAAUCUAAAUUACUUUUAAAUGUGUAUUUUGAGGAAUGUUGGUUAAAAAAUAUUGAUGAAUUAAGGAGCGAAUUAGGAAUUUAUAUUAUUAAAUAA